AUGGUAUCCACAAGAAGACAACAAGCAAUGGUGGAGGCAGAGUCAAUUAAAUCAUUCGAAGAAAAAGUUCCCCCAAAGAGCUUGAAUUUAUUGAUAGAUCAAUAUUUUGGUGAAAAUGAAGCUAAUAAGCAUAUCAGUUUUCAAGAUGAAUUCAUGAUAGACAAUGCAGAUCCUAAUAAAUCUGAAAUUAGUACGCAACUAAAUAAAGUCGAUUGGAAUGUUGGAAUAGAUCAAAUUCGCCUUCAGCAAGAAAGGAUUAUCUCGCAUAAGGGAACUGUUUUCAAUAUGUUAGUAGCGGGCAGAAAGAACGUCGGUAAGACGACGUUAAUUAAUUCAUUGUUCGACGAGCCAAUUACAAGUGCAUCAAAACCCGGUACAACAUGUCUUGAAAUGAAGAGAUUUAAGAUUGUGGAUUCAACUACCCAUUUAAAUUUGACCGUAAUCGAAACGACAGGGUUUGGUGACAAUGUCAAUAACUCAUACGGAUGGCUUCCCGUUGUCAAUUUCAUCGACGAGUCAAUGAGAUCAUAUGUUUAUCAGGAGGAGCAGCCUUACCGUAAUAAUGUUGUUGACAGAAGAGUUCAUAUCUGUCUUUAUUUGAUUGAGCCCGAUUCAUUGAAUGUUUUAGAUGUUUUAACUAUGAAAGAAUUGUCAAAAAGAGUGAAUUUACUUCCAAUAAUUUCUAAAUGUGAUAUAUUGAAUCUAGAGAGUUUGAAAGAUUUCAAAACAAGAUUGAAAAAAAUUUGUGAAGUACAAGAUAUAGAAAUCUGUUCAUUUAUGAAAACAUAUGAUGAAUAUGAAAGUAUUAAGAAACUUUAUCCAUUAAGUACUAUCACUUCAGAUGAGAUGAUCCCAGGUAGUAGUAAACUUGGUAGAAACUAUAAAUGGGGAUAUGUGGCUAUAGAUAAUCCUGAGUAUUCGGAUUUUUUGGAAUUACGAAGACUUCUAAUCAAUGAUAAUUUAGUUGAUUUUAUCAAGAGUACGGAACAAUAUUAUGAAACAUGUAGAGCAGAGCUUUUGAAGACAAGAAUUUUAAAAUCAAAGAAAUCAUUCCAAGACAAUGAAGUUACACUAGAUUUUGAAAACGUGGAUGCCAAUGGACUACAAAAUUACAAAGCCUAUGCAAUUUUUAAUAAAUCAAAGAUGGAUAAUAUAAUGGUUGAAUGGUGUCCUAAAUUUAUUGAGAGCCAAGUUAAAAUCAAAAGGAAAUUCAAUAAAGUGAUAGACAUAGAAGAAAAUAAGUUCAUGGAGUGGAAGAAAGCUUUGAUAGAGAAGCAAACGAGAUUUAAUAAUGCCAUUGAAUUGAUGUAUAAAGAUAUUGAUCUAUUAAAACUAGAAUGCCAAGAAUUAGAAUACCAAGUUGUUACUGGCAGGAAUACGAAUCCGGAGAAUAGUACCACGUUGGUUGGUCUCCAUUUCAAGAGAUAA